GCAUACGUGGAUUGUUUCUAUAUCAAGCGUGAGAGGAUUAUUCAUUUUUCGUCCAACUUAUCUAUAAAAACACAUAGUCGCUCUUGUUCUUUAAUCCACAUAUCAUCACAAACUCUCUCUCUCUCUUUAGCUUUUGUUAAUAUAUCGUACAAGUUCGAAGAAGACCGUUCGUGUGCAAAAGGAUGAGGUGUAGAGCACUAAACAUUCGGAGAAGAAAGAGAGUAAUGGUUAAUGUGAGCUCAAGGAAGCUCAUGACCCGUCUCCGGCGAAUGGUUGCUCCGGAAACGAGUUUUUCCGAUGAGGUUGACGGUGCCACACUAUAUCGGCUCACGGCUGAUCACAUUUUCCUACUUCAAGCAAGAAUCCAACUCCUUCGUCGUAUCUCUUCUGUUUGUGGUCUCUAGAUCGAAGAUACACAUGGCCAAAAAAAGUCGAAGCAAUGGUAUAAUUUAUGGAUAAAACAUCUGUUUUCUCUAUUUAUAUUCUCUUAAGCAAUCAUCUUAUAAGUACGUCGUAAUGCCGACGCUAUAAUUUGAACGUAUUUAUUUGAAUUUAUGUUUGUGAUGUAUUUAAUUGUGAACAGUUUUUUUUACAUGCAUGCAGCUUUGACCGCGUUUAUAUAUAGCUUUGACAUACGAA